AUGCACACAAGACUCUUCGCCCUCCCUUUGGCCGAUGAUGCCGCCCAGCGUUUUCCUUGGCGCAAGGGACACCGGACGCACGCACCUCCUCCUGCCAGUGGAUUACUGCCUUCCCACUCCACUCUGGCAGCCGUUGCCUCUCGGAGUCCCGGCCCCCAGACGAAUUAUAUCAGCGCAAAGACCAGCCUCCCUGCUCACAGCAACUCGCUGAACCUGCACACCGGACCCUUAUCCUUGAAUCUCGAUCUGAAAGUGGAAACCCUUGCGAAACACGACCCACAUGUCUUGGAGAGAGUCCCUGCACUGUGCAGGUCUAACAAAAGUCCCUGGGUCUGUCUGACUUGCUCGAGUGUCCACUGUGGAAGGUAUGUGAAUGGCCACGCAAAGAAACAUUACGAAGAUGCCCAGGUCCCUUUAGCCAGCCUCAAGAGAUCAGAGAAGCCCGAGAAAGUUCAGCAUACGGUGUGCAUGGAUUGCAGUAGUUACAGCACUUACUGUUACCGCUGUGAUGACUUUGUCGUCAACGAUACCAAGCUGGGCCUGGUACAGAAAGUCCGAGAGCACCUGCAGAAUUUGGAAAAUUCCGCUUUCACAGCAGACCGACACAGGAAAAGAAAACUUCUGGAAAGCGCCUCUCUGAAGAGCAAAUUACUGAAAAUAAACGGGAACACCACAGCCCUGUGUGCCACGGGCCUUCGGAACCUGGGGAACACGUGUUUUAUGAACGCAAUCCUUCAGUCUCUCAGCAACAUCCAACAGUUCUGCUGCUACUUCAAAGAGUUGCCUGCCGUGGAGCUCCGGAACGGGAAGACAGCAGGCCGGCGAACGUACCACACCCGGAGCCAAGGAGAUAAUGGCGUUUCUUUGGUGGAAGAGUUUCGUAAGACGCUCUGUGCCCUGUGGCAGGGGAGUCAGACGGCGUUCAGCCCGGAGUCCUUGUUCUAUGUCAUUUGGAAAAUCAUGCCAAAUUUUAGGGGGUACCAGCAGCAAGAUGCCCACGAAUUCAUGCGUUACCUUUUGGACCACCUGCACUUGGAGCUUCAAGGCGGCUUCAACGGCAUCUCCCGCUCCGUCAUCUUGCAGGAGAAUCCUAGUCUUUCUGCUGGCAGUAGGUGUUGCAUAAACGGAGCAUCGACCGUGGUCACCGCCAUUUUCGGAGGCAUUCUUCAGAAUGAAGUCAACUGCUUAAUCUGUGGGACGGAAUCCAGAAAGUUCGACCCAUUCCUAGACCUCUCUUUAGAUAUUCCCAGUCAGUUCAGAAAUAAACGUAACAAGAACCAAGAAAACGGACCAAGUUGCACGUUACGGGAUUGUCUGCGCAGUUUUACGGACCUAGAAGAACUUGACGAGACAGAACUGUACAUGUGCCACAAAUGUAAGAAGAAGCAGAAGUCCACCAAGAAGUUCUGGAUUCAGAAACUGCCAAAGGUGCUGUGCUUGCAUUUGAAGCGCUUUCACUGGACGGCGUAUCUGAGGAACAAAGUGGAUACCUACGUUGAGUUUCCCCUGAGAGGCCUAGAUAUGAAAUGUUACUUGCUGGAGCCAGAAAACAGUGGCCCCGAAAACGGCCUGUAUGAUCUCGCAGCUGUCGUCGUUCACCACGGCUCAGGAGUCGGCUCCGGCCACUACACAGCCUACGCGACUCACGAGGGGCGCUGGUUCCAUUUCAACGACAGCACCGUGACGCUGACGGACGAGGAGACGGUGGUCAAAGCCAAAGCCUACAUCCUCUUCUACGUGGACCGGCAGGCCAAGUCGGGAUCCGACAAACUCUAAUACCUCUCCCCGCCUCUUGCAUAUCGUGUCCAGCGGACAAAACAUUUCCAGUCCUCCACGAAUACUUGAUCCGAGACUCUUGAUUUCAUUGUGCACUUUUCAGACUUUUUCUUGGGUUCUAGUUCUACUUCGUAAGUAGUCGCCGUUUGAUUUGUUAAAACACGGACACAAGCUAACUUCCUUUUUUUUGGGUUAGUUACGCCAUAGGGGGGAGGGGGGGCGGACCCUCAGCAGAUAAUGAUUUGCUGCUUCAACUAAAUUUUUAUAUAUAUAUAGUUUCUACUUUAGUUGCUUUUGACUUUUUUAUAUCCAUGUUUGUUUGCUUUCUAAAGGCACAUUUACAUCAGAGAAACUUGAAUCCUUCGCGUCAACACCGUUAACGUGUAUUUGAUUAUGAAAAGCCACAGAGUUGUUAUUAUGUAAGACUUCUGUCUCUCUCGCGAACGCUCGCUGCUUGGGGCCACGGGUCGCGUCCCAAGCCGGUUUUCCCGCGGGCACCUCCCCCCCCGGCUGCCUUUGUCAAAGGGAUGGUAAAACUGCGGUCUUGACAAGCAGGCCAGCGACUGUGCUGCUACUUCGGCCUGUGGAGACAGUGUCCCCAUCACAGCUCCUUGCACUCAAGCAAGCGGCUGAGUGGGUGAGAAGACGGACUGUCCCACAGGCCUGCUCUCCCCCCACUUUAAAGAGGGCAGGGAGGGAUUGAUUCUCGUUGUACCACAAUCAAAAAUGUGAGAUCCCCGGUGGUGCUUCCCUCUAGGAAAUUGGAUCGAACUCUUCUCCUCCAUUCCACGCCGCCGCUCUCUUGUCCUGCGGUCAGCAAUCCCCGAGGGCUGUCAGCGGAGCAAGGGAAUGUGUCCGGGCACAAGCGAAACUCAUGGCUCAGGCCUUGGCUAGAAUGUCUGCCGCAGGGGUAGCAAAGUUCUGAUUACUUCACCUAGCUGUUGAUGGUUUCCCGGUGCAAGCUGGAUUUUGGGAAACGUACAAUCCAGCCGAGUUAUAUGACUUACACAUUUUAUAAAGAUUUGGCAUUUCUAGUUCUGUCUUAUUUGUGGGAGUAUCGGGAUGCCUUGUGCAAGAGGUGUUAGAAAGGCUGGCUUGCUGGGAAGGCAUGUGCCCGGAUCCUGGUGGUUUCUAAGAUGCAGCUGCCGAGAGGAUGCGGCCGUGGUUUUGGAAAUAGCAUCUUUUCAGCGCAGGGGGCGGCAACGAGCCCAAAGCCAGGGCCGUUUGCUAUGUUUCUGUCCUAGCUGCUCUCACUGAAUGUGAUGGAGGUGGGCAGUCAGAGGAGAGUUGUUGAUUUCCGUAGCUGCUUUCUCUUUCGUGUUCUCCUCCUUGGAGGAGUGUUAACUUCCUUGUGACUAGGAGUUUCUUUUUGGGGGAUGUGGCCGUUGACCUCCAAUGCACUUGUUCCUCCUGUUCCCAAGGCGGCACCCCCCCGGCGAGAUGCACAUGGACAGUCUAAUCAGUGAGUUGUGGCAACACACGUAUUCCUCUUCCUGGUGGAGAUCUUUUGCUCGUCCACUGGAUUUUACUCAGUGAGUUAAUGUCAAAAAGUGACGGAUUUGGACUAGCAUUGGAUCUGUGUCCGCCUUUGUGUACAUAUAUAGCUUGUCUCUGAGGAGAAAGGGGGGGAGAGCGGACUCCCUCCAUCCCAGCCAGUUCGGCCACUAGAUGACAUUGUGGGCAUCGCAGGUAAGCAAGGUAGCUGCUUGCUGCACCAAGUGAGGGCUUGGCCUGCACUCACACCAUUAAAGCUGGCUCCAUCUUGUUUAGAAAGGGAGGGUGCCCUUCCCCACUGCUUCUGGUGCUGGUCGAGGGAGCCAUUCAGCCGCUCUGGCCUUCAGGCAUAGGGAGUCGCCUUUGAAAGGGUGUUAACGGAGCCAAGUCCUGCCAGUCUGAAGGAAAGACGAGCCGUUGGCAGCAAAGGGCAGACAUGGCUGGGCCGGAUGGGAGUGCUGGGACGAGCCCAUCGCCUUGUUCUUCGUAGUCCUGGACAUCUUGAAAUCUCUACUUGCCCAGCGUGGUGGGUGUUUGCCGUUAAAAUGUAGCAUUUGAACCUCGGGGAGAGAGUCCAGAGCUCUUUGUCUUUCAGCCACAAUUCAAGCUCUCAAAAGAAUAUUUCUCUGGAAGAUUUGCCAUUAAAAAUCUUUCCC